AUGGACGAAAUGAACGAGCGAAUGAAGGAGCUAGAGGCUGAGAUGUCGGAUCUCCGUAUCAGCAUAUGGGCUCGUGGGGUUGCAGCCGGAAAGCCGGAAUCCGCGACCAAGCCUGCUUCCGUCUCCUCCUACACCAUGAUGGAGGCUCCUGUAUCUGACCACGGAAACACUGUCAUUUCUCUCUCCGAUCAACCCAUCGAACAAGAUCAGCACGAAUCUGCCACUACCAAGGAUGAUGGCCCCGAGUCCACUGUUACACUCGGCCGCACCGCCCAGUUGGAGAACUCUGAGAUUGCCCAGCCCUCAGUUAGUCUUGCACCGUCUAACAACAACUCCCGUGAUUCCAAGACUAAUAUCUUGUCGAAUUCUGAUGAUAGAACCGAAGUCCCAGAGUCUCAGGAUAACUCCAUCGUCAAUGACCCUACCUCACCCUUCAAUACUACAAACCCGCAUCCGACUCUCUGCAUCAACAUUAACGUCAAUGGUAACGCCAUCAGGCACUGGGACACACCUGGAAGCCGCUUCGAACGAUCCAUCCUCCACCGUGAGCGGAUCGACACACCGGAGGUCGCCGACCCUGACAGCGUCUUGAACGGCGUGUACACAGAUUGGAGCUGGAUUCCCUUCAUCGUAUCCGGGGCUGCUGCCGACCUCGUGCCUACCAACAUCUGCGAGGGCGACAUCGAACUGAUCUGCCCCAAGAAUGAUUUGUUCGUUGCGCUUAUCGAGGACACUAUGAAAAGGAACACCGUGAAAAUGUUUGAUUACGCUUCCACCCCCACUGAGCCAUCGUAUCUUCACUACAAGUUCGCGCCCGGUUUCAGCGAACCCGAGGCUUACGGUCUUCGUGUUUUGGCUUGGAAAGUCCACGGUCCAGAAGGGUGCUACUACAUGAGUCGCGCUGGACAUCGUAUUUGUGAUGUACUAUAA